AUGUCCGUGGCUGUCGAAAGUGCUUGCCUGGCAGGUUCCGGGCUCGGCGGCAAGAACGGCAGCACCGCCGGAGGAACGGGCGUCGCGUCUCCCACGUGCAACGAGAGCGUGAAGCCCUACUCCCCCGAGGCCACCGCCGCCUUCGCAACCGCCAUCACCCUGAUGGUGCUCUUCACCAUCGUGGGGAAUAUCCUCGUCAUCAUCGCCGUGCUGACCAGCCGGUCCCUGCGGGGCCCGCAGAACCUCUUCCUGGUCUCCCUGGCGGCGGCGGACAUCCUGGUGGCCACGCUCAUCAUCCCCUUCUCCCUGGCCAACGAGCUGAUGGGCUACUGGUACUUCCGCUCGGUCUGGUGCGAGAUCUACCUGGCGCUGGACGUGCUGUUCUGCACCUCGUCCAUCGUGCACCUGUGCGCCAUCAGCCUGGACCGCUACCUGUCCAUCUCGCGCGCCGUGACCUACGGCGCCCAGCGCACGGCCAAGCGCAUCAAGACCGCCAUCCUGGUGGUGUGGCUCAUCUCCGCCGUCAUCUCCUUCCCGCCGCUGCUGUCCAUGAACAAGAGCAAGAGCGGCGGGGGCGGGGGCGGGGACGGCCUGCCGCAGUGCGAGCUCAACAACGAGCGCUGGUACAUCCUGUACUCCACCAUCGGCUCCUUCUUCGCCCCCUGCCUCAUCAUGAUCCUCGUCUACAUACGCAUCUACCAGAUCGCCAAGCAGCGCACGCGCUGCCCUCCGGGCGAGCCCCGGAAAGAGGCGGGAGCCGCCACGCCGCUCCCGCAGAAGGCGCACGGGCAGACGCAGCUGAACGGCGGCGCGGACCGCACCCCCGCCGUCCUGAAGAAGAGCAACGUGCCGCGGCCGCCCAACCUCGACGUGCCCUCGUCGCCCGGCGCGCAGCCGCCGAAGCGGUCCCACAACCUGCUGCAGCCGCCCUCCCCCUCGCCCGCGCCGACCCCGACCAGUCCGCCCUCGCCGCUGGGCCCUUCCCCCUCGUUGACGCCGUCCCCCCCCUCCGUUCCUCGCCCCGAGGCGGCCCCCAAAGCCAAGGGCGGCAAGAAGGCGAAGAGGUUCGGGAGGAGGGCGGACAACAACAACGAGGACAGCACCAGCUCUGGCUCGGACAUGGAGGUGGCCGGGCCGGGCGGCCACAGGUCGUCCAGCACCGCCGGGUCCCCGGCGUUCCCCGCCUCGCCCGCCUCCGUGCAGAAGUACCGGGACAUGAUCGCCACCUCCAAGGGCGCCAUCCUGGCGGGGCGCAAGGCCAAGCCCGAGGGAACGCCCAACACGGCCCGGCGCAAGGCCAUGAUGAACCGGGAGAAGCGCUUCACCUUCGUGCUGGCGGUGGUCAUCGGGGUGUUCGUGGUCUGCUGGUUCCCCUUCUUCUUCUCCUACAGCCUGCAGGCGAUCUGCCCGGAGGCCUGCGCCCUGCCCGAGCCCCUCUUCAAGUUCUUCUUCUGGAUCGGCUACUGCAACAGCUGCCUGAACCCCGUCAUCUACACCAUCUUCAACAAGGACUUCCGUCGCGCCUUCAAGAAGAUCCUCUGCAAGAACACCAAGGGCACGUUCUUCUGAGAAAGGCUAGGAAGUCUGUCUGCUCAAAACGGCGACCUGGAAUCCAGGCUCCUUUUUUUUGGGAGACUAGGACAAGCACAACCUGCCCACGGAAUGGCCUCCGUGGCUCUGUUUUCCCUCAGACUGCUAAGGAAGGCACAAGGAAUGUAAAGGCACAGGAUGGUUUCCUCGAAAAUAAGUAAACUGUGCCCAGCUUUUGAAAAUAUACCAAGGAAACCGGCUGGACUUUCUGCAAACCGUCUGAGAGACAAAGACUGCAAGCGGUAGAACUGCAUGGGACCAGAUCCUUCUUAUUUUCUUGCAGUUCUUUUAAAAAAUCCUGGCCUCAGGGAUGUUUGGAGCAUGGGACCCUACAGAGAACUGAGACACAAUGCUUUGCUUUUAAGCUUUCCUCGCACAAAACAGCACAAAUACCAAGCAGAAUCAGGUUCCUCAAACUGAUUUUCGCGGAACAGCAUCGCAGAAGCCUUUGUCCUACUGUUUGCCUGGAGCACAAAAUUUUCAUAAGGCAAUGUACAAAUGUUGUAAAAAGAGUCUAAGAAUCAGAUUUACAGAUCCAAAACAACACAACAGCACAAAACAAAGGUUGUUCCCCUUUUCCUUGAGUGACUAUUGUUCUGGAUGUGCAUGGGACUGCCAACCUUUACAACGUAUGACACAAAAGUGGAAUAUUCCCGUAUAUAACUCUGGAUCUGAAACUCUUGAAUGUAGCAGUAUCUUGCUGAUGUACUGGAUGCUGUAUCUGACAUUAUUGUCCAAAACAUUCAUUGCAAUGUUAUUAACAGCCAUAGAAGGACAGGUGGCUAAUGAGCACAAUAUCCUAAAAGACGGACAUAGCCUACUCAGCUCUGAAGCUAUCAGGCUGUCUUUAAAAACACAAUCAUGUAAUAUAAUUGUGUGUGUGCGUGUGCGUGUGCGUGUGUGUGUGUGUGUGUGUGUGCAGUCUGGAGGUAUUUCCUUAUUUCUGGACUGUUGUGUUGAAGAGGAGAGGUGAUUCUGCCCUAACAAAGGACAGGUUUUUUUUUGGCACUCUCCAGGCACAACUACAAUGAGGUACGGCUAUAUUUUGAAUUGUUCACAUACAGACAUUACUGUGAAACUAGUCAGGUGGAUACUUUACCCAGGCUUAUUGUGCUCUGUAUAACCCGAUCGUUGUUGAAUAUUGCUGGCUCUUCUUUUCUCGUGUAAGACGGCAAAGCCUCGUGAGUCGUGAAGGUCUGAGCGAGAGUCUGAAUUUAUCCUUCCAAAAUCUGCCAGAUCCCACAAUAAGCGUGCUAUUAAUUAAACUGACUGGCGUACCCCACAACAUUGCCAAUUUAUCCGCAGCGAGUGUGCGUGUGUGUGUGUGUGUGUGUGUGCGGCUGCUAUGUAGAUCAUUCAGUUAGAAAAUAGUGGGAGUGUGUGAGUCGUUUUGGAAUCCCUCAUGCUCGGGUGAAGAAGAAAUGCUUUGUGCAGAACUGAACCGUGUGGAGGCAGAAGCUUCUUUACUGCUGAACAGCGGGGGUGCAGUGACACGGAAAUGUUUUAAUCGAGGGCUAAGAUAAAUAACCUUAGCACAAUCUAUUUAUUUUGCUAUUCUGUGCUCUCUC